AUGGUCUCUCUCUGGUCUCUCUCUAGUCUCUCUCUGGUCUCUCUCUCUGGUCUCUCUCUGGUCUGUCUCUGGUCUCUCUCUGGUCUCUCUCUGGUCUCUCUCUGGUCUCUCUCUCUGGUCUGUCUCUGGUCUCUCUCUGGUCUCUCUCUCUGGUCUCUCUCUGGUCUCUCUCUGGUCUCUCUCUGGUCUCUCUCUGGUCUCUCCCCGCUCACCUCCUCCUCACCUCCUCCCCCCUCACCUCCUGCCCCCUCUACCUCCUCCCCGCUCACCUCCUGCCCCCUCACCUCCUCCCCGCUCACCUCCUGCCCCCCUCACCUCCUCCCCCCUCACCUCCUGCCCCCCUCACCUCCUCCCCCCUCACCUCCUCCCCCCUCACCUCCUGCCCCCUCACCUCCUCCCCCCUCACCUCCUGCCCCCCUCACCUCCUCCCCCCUCACCUCCUGCCCCCUCACUUCCCCCCCCCCUCACCUCCUGCCCCCCUCACCUCCUCCCCCCUCACCUCCUGCCCCCUCACCUCCUCCCCGCUCACCUCCUGCCCCCUCACCUCCUGCCCCCUCACCUCCUGCCCCCUCACCUCCUGCCCCCUCACCUCCUCCCCCCUCACCUCCUGCCCCCCUCACCUCCUGCCCCCUCACCUCCUGCCCCCUCACCUCCUCCCCCCUCACCUCCUGCCCCCCUCACCUCCUGCCCCCUCACCUCCUCCCCUCUCACCUCCUGCCCCCUCACCUCCUGCCCCCUCACCUCCUGCCCCCUCACCUCCUCCCCGCUCACCUCCUGCCCCCCUCACCUCCUGCCCCCCUCACCUCCUGCCCCCUCACCUCCUGCCCCCUCACCUCCUGCCCCCUCACCUCCUGCUCCCCUCACCUCCUCCCCCCUCACCUCCUCCCCGCUCACCUCCUGCCUCCUCACCUCCUCACCUCCUCCCCGCUCACCUCCUGCCUCCUCACCUCCUCCCUCCUCACCUCCUCUCCCCUCACCUCCUGCCCCCUCACCUCCUCCCCCCUCACCUCCUGCCCCCUCACCUCCUCCCCCCUCACCUCCUCCCCCCUCACCUCCUGCCCCCUCACCUCCUCCCCCCUCACCUCCUCCCCGCUCACCUCCUGCCUCCUCACCUCCUCCCUCCUCACCUCCUCCCCCCUCACCUCCUGCCCCCUCACCUCCUCCCCCCUCACCUCCUGCCCCCUCACCUCCUCCCCCCUCACCUCCUCCCCGCUCACCUCCUCCCUCCUCACCUCCUCCCCCCUCACCUCCUGCCCCCUCACCUCCUCCCCCCUCACCUCCUGCCCCCUCACCUCCUCCCCCCUCACCUCCUCCCCCCUCACCUCCUGCCCCCUCACCUCCUCCCCCCUCACCUCCUCCCCCCUCACCUCCUCCCCCCUCACCUCCUGCCCCCUCACCUCCUCCCCCCUCACCUCCUGCCCCCCUCACCUCCUGCCCCCUCACCUCCUGCCCCCUCACCUCCUGCCCCCCUCACCUCCUCCCCCCUCACCUCCUGCCCCCUCACCUCCUCCCCCCUCACCUCCUGCCCCCUCACCUCCUCCCCCCUCACCUCCUCCCCCCUCACCUCCUGCCCCCUCACCUCCUCCCCCCUCACCUCCUGCCCCCCUCACCUCCUGCCCUCCUCACCUCCUCCCCGCUCACCUCCUCCCUCCUCACCUCCUGCCCCCUCACCUCCUGCCCCCCUCACCUCCUGCCCCCUCACCUCCUCCCCCCUCACCUCCUGCCCCCCUCACCUCCUGCCCUCCUCACCUCCUCCCCGCUCACCUCCUCCCUCCUCACCUCCUCCCCGCUCACCUCCUCCCUCCUCACCUCCUCCCUCCUCACCUCCUCCCCGCUCACCUCCUGCCCCAGGGACGGCGGUGCUGUCACUGGGUUGAGGCCCUCUGCUGGGCCAUGGGCUCAAGACCUCGCUCCUCCUCCUCCCCCUCCUCACUGUCCGACGGCGCCUCCUCUGGACCAGACGCACAAACAAUCACACGUUAUUCUCCUGAGUUUAACCACACGGAGGAACGCUGA